AUGCGCAGGCGCCGCCACUUCGCGGGGGACCGCCGACAUGGCCGCGCAGUUGGGCUGGCUGCUGCUACCGCUGCUCCUGCUGACGGCGGCCGCUCGGCCCGACAGCGCCGGCUCCGCGCCGCUGCCGGGGCCGGGGCUCUCGUAUGGAGGUAUCCCAUACGGCAGUGUAAGCGGCAAUGUGGCCGAAUUCUUCAAUCGCCAGGCGUCACCUGGCGGCCGCGCGCAGCAACUGGCACCAUACCCCGAGGUUGACUUCGCACCUAUCGAACAGUAUCUGUGAUAGAUGUCGCUACUAGUUCUAGAAUUUUCGUUUUAUGCCGGCCACACUCUAUCUUACGCUGACGCGAAUGAACGAACAUUGUAGUUUGUAGGAGAGCUUUUAUUUACCGCAAGACAAUACCAGCAAUGUAUUCCGAAUACGCCAAAGUUUGGCGAACUGUUUGCCGAUAGUGUAAAACCGGUAUUAUACUUUUCCAUGAAAUUUAAAUUGUUGAAGAGAAGAAUGAAGACAUUAAAUUCCACCGCUUAUGCCACCGCAAAACAUCUACACAGAAGUAAAGUAAAGUAUUUUUAGAAUAAAUCUUUAGUAAUAGGAUUGGAAGAAAUAAAUAAACGUUUUUUUAGUUA